AUGGCAGGGAUGGCUCCAUCAGUCCGCGAGAGCAUGAAGCUCGCGACGUGGUCCAGAACCGCGCCUUACGUCGUCCUCGCGGCGUCCGCCGUGCUCUUCGCCGCCGCCGUCACCAUCCGCUUCACCAAUCCAGACUUGGCGAGCUGCACGCCAGAGGACUUGGGCGCGGGGCAGAAGGCCAGUGGCGCGCAAGGCAGCGAUGAGGCAUCGCGGUUCCUGAUCAGCAACUUCGGGCUGCCCGGGCCCGUGCCGUGGGAGUGGAUCCGCAAGAGUGUUCAAGAUCAGUUCACUCUGGACGGCCGCGUGCAGGUGAAGAACCGGUUUGUGGAUGCGGACGCAAAGGACUCGGGGGCCAAGCCAUAUGUGUGGUCCACCGAUGGCAUCGACCAACAGGCCGCCAUGGCCCGCCGCCGCGACACCGGUUUUGGAUCGUACGGGCCGAACGUGACGGCUUCAUUCUACUCGGCGUUUGAGAAGUACCCGCUGGCUGGGAAAAACGUGCUGAUCGUGGGCAGCCAGUGGCCGUGGGUGGAGGCGAUCUGCCUGGGGUUCGAUGCGCACGCCAUCACGACGGUGGACUUCAACCGCCCCGUGGUGUCGCACCCUCGGCUGCGGCAGCUGGUGGUGGGCGAGCUGGAGGGCAGCAGCGAGACGUGGGACGCCGCCGUGUCCUUCUCCUCGCUCGAGCAUGACGGGCUCGGCCGCUACGGCGACCCCAUCAACCCCAACGGCGACCUCGAACGCAUGAAGAAG